CUUUCUACUGGGGCAAGUUCCCCAUCGCUUGCUUUCGUGCUGUGCUUUCAGCCGUUGUUUUUGUAGUCUGUCAGCACAACCUUGAGAGAAAGGACUUUGGCUGCGAGCUGAACACACAGUACCAGCUGUACUGAUUUCCAUCUCCUGCUUGCAGCUUUUACGCUGGUGAACUUCUCCAAGGAGCUCUGUUGAGUUUUCUGAUUUGUGUUGCAGCCAUCAGGACUCCAAAAGUUCUAAGCAAGCUGAAAAAAAGGAAGGAUGGAAGUGGGAGAAGAGCAGGCUGGAAGCAUUAUUCCUAGUUCAGGUUCCUGUCUUCUCCUUCAUGGAGAGAUAAACUGAUCUGAUACUCCAUCUACAGGAGUUUCUCUGGUCCUAAAGAAGUGUACGUUAGCCAAAAGGAUUUGUAAGGCUGUCCUGGAACAGAGGUGCAGCACUGUGUGCCCAUCCUCUCCCAACUGCCUGGGCUGCCCGGGGAUGGAAGAUGCAAAGCAGACUGCCUCUCUGGGAGCCCUGCCAGCGGCUGACUCAAGGUGAAGGAUCUCGGGGACCGGCUGCAAUGGGAGGGGCUGUGGGCCCUCCCUGCUGGAAGGGUUGGAAGAGGAGGGCGGAGGGAUGGCCAGGUCCGCCUGGAGAUAUCCUGGAUGCUUCCACACGUCUAUUUCCCGGAGAGCCACCUGAGGGUGCUAUUUGUUCAAGUUCCUGACCGCCGAGGCCCCAACGAACCUGCAGAGCUGUGUUUUUCAUUGUGGAGCUUUCCCGUACAAGGAUUAACCAUCACAAGCGGUGCAGUGCAGCUCUGGCAACCUCCCUGGAAAACACGCAUCCUGAAUAAUGAUGACUGCUGAAAGCAGGACAGAAAAUCCACCCUUCUGCUGCUUAAAUCAGCACUGGCUACCAGCACCCCAGACAAAGAGCAGUGCUGGGUGGCAACCCCAUGCUCACAGCCUGCCCCCCUUGCAAACCUGGCUUGCUCUCUACAGGGACUCCCAUCAAAGCAUGCAGGCAAGGCAAGAAAUGCUAACUGUGGGGAUGCUCCUGUCCAGCAUCAUGUAUCUGUUUGGGGGGGGCAGGAUUCCCAGUUCCUCUGGAGGGUAUUUGCUUGUGUUUUCUGCUUUAGGGACCAAGACCUGCAGUUAAGGACUAGUAGUGCUUGAGGUGAUGAACAAUCAGGGACAGCAUGUGGGGAGAACAAGCAGCUCAACCUCCUGCCUUUCCUGGUUCACUUUCUGCUUGUGACAGAGGGCAGGAAGUAACAUUUAGCCCAGGUUGCCCUACUCACUCCUGCCACAGGCAGCACCACCAGUGGGUCUUGCUGAAGCUAACAGGCUGGCUUCUCAUUUGUUUCUCACUGUCAGGAUGAUGAGUCCAACUAGAUUUCUGUCUGUUUGUGUUUGCUGCUUGUUUGUGCUGACAAAACACAUGCAUAGUUUGUAGUUUCCUCAUUUCAGCUGGUUGCUGCUCCAUUUUAAUGCGAGGCACUUCGUUGGAGGUCAUUUACUCAGUAUGUUGCUGGGCCAUUUACAAAUAUGAACUGAUGAAUAUUUCAUCAUUGUUCACCAGGAAUUCUGUUGAAGUGUAGAGCUUCAUGGCAGUGAGUCAGUAUGUGAUGCACUCAACCUGAAUUCGUUUCUUUGCAGCAUCUCUCAUCAGGCGUGCUAACUGCUGACGUUUGGAAGAGGGAGGAAUACAUAUAUGUAUUAAUACAAUACUCUUUAUCUCGCCUUGAUGCUACUUAAAUAUCCAUGUUAUUCAGUGUUGCUUGGGAAAGGGAAGGGGCGCUUUCAAUAAAAUAGCAAGAGCAGUCAUCUAAUCCCAUUCACUGUAAGUGCAAUCCCCAGUCUUCCUUUCCUUCCCGCAGUGCCACACCUCCAGGAGGGAGGCUCUGCUGGAAUCAGAGACUCCCUCUUUAGAAUAGGCACUUGCAGCAGAGGAGCUGGUGAGACCAGUUCAUCUUGCUGCAAAACAUUCUAAUGGAAGCAGGGCACGGUGUGCAGGGGACACAUGCCUGUAUUAAUGCCUGCUUGAGACUGCAAAGAGCCUGGAGCAAUCGUUCCACAGAGGGAUACCCAAGCGAUUUGUCUCAGAGACCAAUGAUGAUUCAGGCACCUGCAUCAUUAGGUGUUUUAUUGCUGAACCAACUGAAAAAAUCAGUCUGGGAUAGAGUACCAAGGCUGACAGCAGGGUGUGUAAAAGUAGUUUACCCUGCAGCUGAGAGGGAGGAUGUCGCUCUGUUGAUGGUGGAGUGGCAGCAGAAUGUCCCUGCUGCAUGAUGCAGAUGUGCUGAUGGCAGUGCCUCCCUCCUCAUCCACUGACUGAGGAAAAGCCAGUGGGAAGGCUUCCUCUGUAAUGGUAGUGUUUUUUACACACCAGUGUAAAUCAGUAUUGUACUCCUGGAUUUUCUGGAUUGUGUGGCUUUCAUGGUGAUUGAAGUCUCACAUGGAUAACCAGGGCUGUGGAGCACUGUGUUUCACUAGUGAGAAAACAAUCCAGCCAACAGUGCCCUGUAACCAUCCAUGCUUCUUCAGCCCUCUCCUUUGGUGCUGUUUGUGGUGAGUCCGAAGGAGCCUGAAGGAACAAAGGUUAUGGUGACCGUGGAAAGGAGGUUAGGUGUACUUGAAAACUGUCUCCAUCCCCAUACACUCAGAAACCUCUCUCUGGUGCCUCGACCCCAGGGAGGGGCUGCAAAAUCUGCCUGCUCUUUAUUUAAUGCAGGAUGGUUUUCUGCUGUUUCUGAGCUAGAGUGAAGGAGAGAAGUUGUGAAUACAUAAAAUUUGGUAGCUGUGUGGGAAGUAGGGGGUCAUCUUGACAUAUGCAGAGGAGAAAAGCUGGUGGUUUGGAACCAAGCUCCACAAUUCCUCUGCGUGAAAAAUGAGAUAGACUCCUCAUCUUUUCACUCUUUCAUCUCAGCUUGUCAAUCUUAAUAUAUCAAUAUUGAUGUUAAUAUGCCAAUAUUGCAGUUUGCCUGGCACAGUGUGUGCCUAUACAACAGGCCACCUGAUGCUGCACUGCAGCAGCCAGGUCCUACAAACCUGAAUGCUCUGCAUGGUGUGAAGCUCUUGCCAUACACUGUGCAGAACAGAGGUAGGAAAUUUUUGAGACUGAGCAAGUUUUGUGCUAGGGACACUGCCUAGACUAUGCUAUUCAAAGAGGUCUACUAUGUACUCUUGGUAUAUAAACGAGCCCACAGCACCAAAUUACGCGGAACUAGCUUUAAUUUUAAUGAUCUGUAGGAUUUUUGCUUUAGGGUUUGGUUUUUGGUUUUUUUUGGUUCUUUUCGUUUUAAGAUUUUGUGAAGUCUGUAGACACUGGAAGUCUGUAGAGCAUGGACAGCCCACCACUGUGCUAUUCAUAUCUUGUGUAUGCAUAGAAGUACAGUGUGCCUUCUAUUAUUGCAUGUUUUGGAAGAACCCCCAGAGAGGUCUGGUUCUCCUAGGUACAAUAUCAUAGCUGUCCUUUGGUUCCUUCCCCUCAAAAGAGCCCAAACACAGUGAAGGCAUUUGCUGAAAAAGUAGAGUUAGGUGAGAUGUACUUUUUGUGACUGCAAACUUUAAUCACCAUUCUGCCAGACGCUUCACUAAUAUGUCUGCGAAAAUAAAUCUUUAAACCCUUUAAACCCCUCUGUGCUUCAUCUCUACUUUUUAUGAGUGUGUUUUGGAAGGCUUUUGUUUGUGUUUUAUUCUCUUUAAACUUGACUUAUCUCUUCAUGUUUUUUCAGGCUCAUACCCCACAAUACAAAGUGCUCAGUGAAAGCCAGCUUGUAAAAGGAGGAUAAUGUCUGGAAGUUAGAUGUAUGGGAACUUGAUGCCAAUAUUCAUGAUAUGCAAUGAAAGCAGGCAGUGUGGAAAAGAAUGUGAGGGUGUCCUAGACUCCAUCAUAGUCUUUAUUGGUCUUCCUCGUAGACUUUAAAAAAUAUACUUGGAUUUUUAAUUUGACAAAAUGUAAUGACAGAAUGAAACUGAUUCUGUAGUCAGUUUUUCCCAAACAGCUCAAUUAACCUGUCGAUCUUUAAAAUACAAUUAAUAACUUUUUGUAGAGUGAGAUUUCUUUUCUGUGGGGGUGCAGGCGUGUGUGGGUGGUUACUGAGCAUGCAUGGUACUCUAAUCUCUUCUCACUGUCUCUCUUCCAUUCUCUAUUUUUGAGGCACACAGAUAUUAUGGGCCAGAAUUUGCCACUUCUGUCAUCACAGAAAUAAACAGGACUAGUCAUAGGGCAAAACACGACUUGCUACAAAUGUAAGUGACAGAAAUUAUACCUGAAUGGUCAUUUUUAGUAAUACUUGAUUAAUUUCCAAAGUGGAGAGCAAAUUAAUGAACUUGUAUUAGGAUCUAGGAGAACAAAGAAGAAUGUUUGCCAUUCUUGAGCAACUUGGUGAAGGGAGGACAAUACAAUGGAAAUUGCUAUUUAAGGCAGUGUCUAAAUUUUGGUUCAGGGUAGGUUUUCUCACAGCAUAGCUGACAUUUCCCAGUAUUUCACACCAUGAUUUUACAGUACUUCAGCCAUGAGUUAAGUAAGUUCAGACUUUGCAUGAAAGAAUAAAAAUAGCAGAUUUCACUUUUUUACUUAAAAAGUAGAUGCUGCACCUCUCUGUGUCACCCAUUACUCACUUUUGUCACCAGACAUGGUUACUCUAUGUUCUGCCAGCUGAUGUCUUUGCUUGAUGUCCAUCUCUUAAGGAGGCUUGGACUGUGAGAACCAUCAAAUAUAGUUUAGAUUUCGGUGUAGCAGAGGAAGCACAAGAGGCAACAGACACAAGUCACAGAGUGAGAAAUUACAGCUGGAUAUAAGGAAAAAAAUUUUUACAGGUAAGAUGGCCAAACACUGGAAGAAGUUGUUCAGAAACACUGUGGUAUCUCAUCUUUGGAGGUAGGGCUUGGAGACCUCCAGAAGUUCUUUUGUGCUUGUUACUCUGUGGUUCCAUGAUUUUGUGCAAGAGUUUGAGCAAGUGUCUUACGCAAUCCUUAUGCUAUUGUAAGGCACCAGAAAGACUCCCAAGAAAGUGUCAUUUUUAUCCCUUUCGGAAACAAAACUCCCUCAAGACUCUCCAUACCAGGAUCAAUUUUCCAGAGCUUUGCAGACUUCCACCCCUCACCCCAUGCACAAUUAACUUUGGUUUUGCCUUCAUCUUCCUGUAUGUGAAAAUGGCUUUUAGACCAAUCUCCAAAUGAAAACAUCUGCUUUAAUGAAGAAAAUUAAAUAUUCAUGAAAACAUACCAAAAAAAUUAGGCUUACUUCACCCAAAGAGUGAAAAAAAUUGCAGAAGCCUAUUUAUCCACAAGUUUUCUAUGUUUUUCCAGCAUUAUAGGACAAUUCAGGCUGGAAUUGAAUUUGGGAAGUCUGUAGUCCCAGUCCCAUCUCUUGCUGAAAGUAGGACAGGGAGUGAGGUUAGACCAGGUUACUAAGGAUUUUUCUUAGUCAGGCCCUUAAAUCCUCAAGGACAAAAGCUUCACAACCCCCUUGGGCUACUCUUCCAAAGAGAUCAGUAGUUCCAAAUUUUCUGGAAAAACACCGGUAAGCUGAAGCCCUAGCUCAAAGGAAUGUGUUGCAUUGUCAGCAGAGAACAACCUGAUUACAGCCUAAAUAACUCAUUAAGACUUCCUCCAGCCUUCCCUCAGUAAAGUGGAUCUGGUAGCACUGGAGGUGCCAGCGAGACUGUAUCCUAGUUCGAGUUGCAGCUGAGCCUCAAUGCUGGCACCCUCCUUGUCUUCAGCCCUGGAGCUCUUCCAGCUCUGGACAAAGUCACACUGGCCUUAAAAUCCAGUGCUGAACUCUAGAAGAAACACGGGGCUUUUUGUUAAUUUGGUGUGAAUGAGACAAACUGCUGAAGGGUACUCCUCUAUUAGCAGAUAGUGCAGACAGUUCAGGAUUUCUGACUGAGAUCUAAUGCAAAUAUUUUACUUUUGAGUCUUCUUUGCAGAAGCAUCUGCAACCUGGGUAAAUGGCAGUGUAUGCCAGCUGAGCAGAUAGAUGGUGCAGGUUACUGGGUAUGACCGAGGAAUUCUUGGUUGAGAGAUUAUGGCCAGAAUUCUGUGGGAAGACAGACAACUGCAAGGUGUAGGAUCAGCAAAAUUCCUGAGCACUUGCACAGUCCCUUCUGCCAGAUGUUGUGGUCUCAAUAUUCAGGCCACUUUCAUAGGUUCUCAUGAGUGAUCUAUGUGGGUAAGAUGGAAAAGUUUGUUGCAUCAUUGCCCCUGUUUCCUUUUCCAUGGACUUGAACUUGAUGAAGCACCUUUUCUGGGUCAGUUUCAAUAGGACAAAUGAAUUUCUGGCAUUAAUUUUAAUACCUGAUGCCAGGAAAAAAAAAUCAAUAUUUAAUAAUUCCUUCUUAAUAGACUUCCUGUGUCCCUGCUCAGAGUAUCCAAAGUCACCAAGAGCUUCACUAAGGCAUGGGAGCAGCAAAAGCUGUGCUCUGAAUGCUAUCACAUGCUGUCUGUUGUUAGGUCCAUAGGUUGCUUUCAAGGACUCCCCAUGGCAGUGUGUAUAGUAAUCUUAACCUGACAUACUCAAAUGGCUUCUUUGUUAACUAAGCAAGGACAAGAAGUAGCUUGUUUGAAGAGAUGCAUGCUUCCUUUUGAUAAUGAUGCCCUCCAUCAGCCUAUUCAUGGUAGAAGCAGUGCUUAAUUAACAGCUUUCUCAUGGUCACUUGUCCCCCUCUGGUCUGGCUCAGAGCUAAGUCAUGGUGGCUUUCUCACAUUUGUACACUACCACAGAGGCCACUCUCUUUGUCCUGCUGGAGAAGGAUGGCGAGAUAUGGCUUGUAUUUUGGGAUCAGUACAGAAAGAAACAUGUAAGACAGGGCCUGAUGAGCUGAGCUUACUUCACUCCAAGGGAGUGAAGGAGUAAAAAUCAUCUGAUGUGUGCAAGUAACACAAGCUUCAAAAUUAAGGAGGUUAGGGUAAGCAGAAGCCCAAAUUUUACUCAUAGUUAGUUGAAUAUACACUUCCAGAUUUUUUUCAGGAUGUUGUACCCAAAUAGACACAUUUCCUUCACACUUUAGUCACAGGACAAUUCAGGUAAGUUGAGACUUGUUUCCACAAAGCAGAAAAUGCUUUUCAGUAGUCUUUUAAUUUUGUAGUGCAUACUAGACAUUCUGUGUUUGGUUUUUUUUUUUUUGUUUUUUUUUUUGGUUUUUUUUUUUUUUUUUUUUUUUUUUGCUUUUCCCCUUUCAAACUGUGCUGCUAUAUAUCCUUUACAGCUCAACAUGUUGUUUGGUAUAGGGACUGAAUCCUUGUGAGAGGAACCAAUUUGCAGUCCUUGGGUAGCUCCCUGUAGGAUUCAUGCAGCUUAGUGCAUAGGUGGUCAUAUUUUACCUUCUGUUCUAAUCAGCUUUCCUGCUUUUUCCUUUCUGUGUUGUGCUUCAAGUUUCAGGGAUGUUUGCUAUUUGUAUCUGUCCUGGCCCUACUUUUAACCAAAAAAAGCAAUAGGAAAUUAGGUUGUCUUUUGCAACUGAUCUGCUAGUAAAGCUGUGCUUGAUAAUGAAUAGGUAAACCCUCUAAUUCUACCCAGUGGCCAUAGGCUUCUGUUAAUGGUUUCAUGUGCAGAGAGCUGUGUUUUAGAACCAGCAGUUUCCAGGACAAGCAGCUUUUUCCGUGUUGACACUGCAAGUAACAACCACAAAAGUUAGGAGGCUUCAUCUUUGCCUAAAAAUACUCCAAAUGAAUUUUUCUUGGCCCCUUCUAAGGUCUUGUAACCUAAACUAUGGGGUAAAAUCCAACCACUGAGGAUUUAUGAAACUUGGGUAAUGACAAUUUAUUGACCUCUGUGUUCUUGCUUAUUUACAAAGAGAGCCAGCUGAAGGAAAGGCAUUCAUACUUUAUUACUCUUCCUUGAACAAUGACACUUUUAUUCCUCAAGAAUUGUUUUUCUUUUUAAUUUGGAGGCAAAACACAAUUUCCCUUAAUUUGACACAUAACAGAAGAUUGGCCUGACAUGCUUUGAGUUUCUUUUCAAAUAAAUACAAAUUUCACUGUCCAAUAUUACUUUCUAGUAACUGCAAGAUUAAAGUUGAACAACAGGCUGUUCAAGAGGUAUAAAAGUAAUUUCUGAGGUGUUGUAAUUGCAUUUUUUUCCUACAAUAAAAUAGAUAUUUUUGACUGUUCCCUCACAAAUCAGCCUAAUUUCAGUUGAUGCUCUGCUAUUACAAAUACCUCAACAAAAUGAUAGAAACUAUUAUGACAAUAUCAGAUAUAAUUAAACAUGCACACUUAAGAGUUUGUGUCCUAAACCAUACACUACCGCAAAACUACCUGGCAAGAGCAAAUGCCAGCAAUGCUACUCUGCCAUCAAACUUGUAUAGGCUCGUUGGCUGCCUCAGGCUUGCUAGAAUAUAUAGUGGCUGAAUUUUGCCUGCUUUCCAUUGAUAGAAAGCACUAAUUUUGGUCUUAACUCUCUCUCCAGCUGUCAGAUCGCUGAAACUUAUAAAAGUAUAAUUAUCAGUGAUAGCCCAGCCCUUCUUUCAAAUCUGGUUAAAAUUAGCUAAGGAGAAAAUUCACUAAAGGGUGCUGGCAGACAGACAUCAGACCAAAAAUACAUCAGGUAUCGAGUGAGUUGCAUGUUUCAUGGGUAGCUGCUAAUUUAGUACUGCAUUUCUGCCAGAGCAGCCCUUGAAGAUAGCUACUCUGGUGUCCAGGAUCUGAGAUUCCUUGGUGCCUGUUUCAGUGAAGAGCAACUUGGAAAUGUUUGCGUCUGUCCCUUCCAAGCACCGCUGAGUGUUGCUGCUUGUUGUCAGAGGGGGUUUGGCACCCUGAGGAUUUUUUGUUCCCUGUGGAUUUGGGGGCACACCAGACAUCUGUACACAAGGCAGUGGAGCUGCCCCAAUGGGCUUGUGUGUGGCUAAGGGCUGUAGGUAAAAGCAGCAACAAAUCUGUAACAGCAGGGAACUCCUCCCUUGGACUUGGCCCUCAGUGAGUACCAACCUUGGUAUUGUUAUGGGCAGAAAGAGCUUUAACUCUAGAGCAGAGUUAAAGACAUAAGUCUCCCAGUUCCAGGGGCAUUUUUGACUGGACAAGACAGAGUCCAGCUGCUCUGUUUUGAGCCUGUGCAGAGUAAGGACCCUACUGCUGCAGAAGACCCAUAUUCCUGGAUUUAACUUUGUGCCUGAGAGCAUCUCUGUUGAAAUUUGUAAGCAGGUUCAUCUAGGCACAUUUAAGCUAUGUGGGUUGUCUUGGCUGAAGCCUUUCUGCAAGGUAUGUUUAAUACGCUAAGUCUGCAAGAGUAGCACAAGCACUAUUUUACUAUUUACUAUUCCUGUAAAGGACACAGUUGUGUGACACCUGGCUUUUCAAGGUGCCCUGUGGUGGUGAAGGCUAAAAAAAGUAUUUCUCCAUUGCACAGUGCAAUUUGAUGAACAGAUUUCAGAGAGCCCUAAACUAUUUAGCUGUGAGUACAGUAAGCAAUAUAGCUGCAUUAGCUCAGCUAGGUAAAUUAGCAUUGUGCAACAUAGACAUAUCCUAAAUUUCUGGUAUGGUUUCCUCAGUGACGCUUUCAAAACAUGGCUUGAAAAUAAAUUACAAUUUUUUUUUCACCCCUCCAAAACACUGUGCUAGGAAAGCUUGCAUACAUUUUCUUUUUUUUUUUUAAUCUCACUAACUUAUCUUUUAAAAUAAAUUCUAGUCUGACUACCUAAUUUAAUUUAAUUUUUCUUUUUUUUUUUUUUUUUUUUUUUUUGCUUUUAUGGGUGGCAUCCUCUCAUUCAUCUGAGCCUGGAUCGCCUGUAAGCAAAAGCUGUUUCAGCUGGGGCACAGAAGAUAGUGCCUCUGAGUGGUUGUGGCAUCACUGGAUGACUCAUGAGGAUAUUGUUGGUACUAAGAUAUCUCUACCAGUGGCUGCAAAUUCUACACUGUAAAUUCCUAAGAUAAGCUUUGAAGAUCAAGGGAGAAAGACCCAAAACACUACUGGCUGAGGCAUAUUUUAUCACAGAGGAAGAGUAUCAUCAUAACUCUACCUGUUCGAAGAGACUGAGAAAAUGAAUACUGCCAUGAGUACUUCAAAGAAUUUUUACCCUUCCUUCAUCACCACUCUGCUUGGGUGCCUUCGUAGUGAUGGGAGGAAACAUCUAGGUUGCCAAAGGUAUGAAGAGAAGCUUAGUUGUAUAGAGCAAAUGCUCCUGACUUUGAAGAUAUCAUUGGAAGGGCCAAUGGAGAAAUGCUCUGAAAUUAAAGAUAUUUCAGGGAAAAAAGAAGGGAAUCACACAGCCACGAGAAAGGAGUGUUUUUCCUUUGAAGUUUCCAGCACCAUUUAUGAAGGCUCAAAAGAAGUAUUAUUCCUAUGUUUCAGAUGAAGAAAGCUGAACUGUCAAAGUAACAUCUGACUUGAGAGUAGCCGGUAUUCUCCAAGGCAUUAGCAUUUAAGAGGACCUGAGAAAAGAUCCUGUGCCUGCCAGGAAAUUUCACUGAUUUCAUCAAGCCCCAAAACUCAGGAAGGAGGAAAAAUCUGCAAAAAUGAAGAAGUUCCCAGCAGAUCAUGCUGUCUUGUUGAAAACCCCAGUGGUAACAAUUUUUCAUAAAAUGAUAGGUAUCUGCUUCUGUGGGAUUAUUUUUAGCAGUAAAAGAGUAGAUGGUGUAAGAUAAGUGAGAAGGGAAUCCAUAAACAACUGCAUUUAAAUUACCUGUAUGGCAUCAUCUUAAUUGUUACAACAAACAGCCCAAAAUGACAAAAAAUCAACACCUUUCUACUCAGAAGAUAAGCUGCUUUUAAAAAGAAAGGAAUGAAACCUAGGUCUAUCAUUAUUAGAAUCCCAGUUAACUAAAAUGGACAUGACUGGAGAAGCAGAGACACCUGAGCAGCUUUGAAGACAUUUCUCUGGCAUGUUCUCACUGACUCUGAGGCUUUAUUUCCAGCCACAGGGUCUGCUUAUCCUAGUGUAGCACCCUUCAACUCAACCUUCCCCAAAGGAUUAAGCAGACAUGGUCUGAGACAAGAGCUAAGCACAAGCUGUAUUGUGGAGUCAGCCUUCACUAUAAGGAGACUCAUACACUGGGAAGAAUUCAAGCAGCUCUGAUCUGCUCUACUCUGCCUGCAGCCUUGGUGAGGCAGAGCAUCACAGGAAGAGGAAAGUGAAUUCCUGAGAGACAAGUACUGAUGCAGAGGAAGGGGGAAAACAAGACUUGAUCACCUAAGGAAGAGUGCCGGUUCCUAAGUAAAGCUGUGAGACAACAAGAGAGAGGCACAGUUGUGUUAUUGUGUAUAGAAGGCCAGAGUUGGGAGUCUGGUUUCUUGAGGGCAAUGUCCUGGCAAGUACUCUUGUGCAUAUGCUGUAAUAUAAUGUUCCAGUGCAUCCGUACAUCCAUCCAUGCUGCAAAUGGCAUGGUAGUGAUAUCUUAAAAAAAGAAGAAGAAGUGAAACCACCCUGUUGGAGAGCUUUACAAUGCUUAGCUGCUCUCCAGGAGUGCUUGGUGUAGCUACAGCAGGCAAAACAGCCCUCCCAUCUAUACACUGGCACACAGCAAAGCAACCCAUUUAUGUGAGCACCUGGUUGAUCAAUUUGCCUAUGACAGAUCUUGGCACACCCUCUCCUCUGGCUGUAAAGCUUUACUGACUUGUGUGGUUUUUCCCCCACAAACUCUUGUCUGGCAUGGGAGGACUUGGAACAGAACAACUCUGGCUCUGGCAACAACAGGAAAGUACAUUUUAGAUAACCCUUUAUGGUGCAAGCUUUGCAGCCAUUUAAGGGCUUUUCUGUGGGGUUGGAGAGGAAGGGCUGUCCAUCAUCCAAAGUCUAUUGCUGUGGGAAGGGUGCCUCUGGCUGCAAAGGUCUUUGGCAAAGGCCACGAGCAGUUGAAGGCUGCUCUGAGAAAUGGAUAUGGGCUCACAGUUCCCCACAGGGUGCUGUGCAGAAGUGAGCACUCUUCCAGCGGUCAUCCCAGUGCAUCAUUCAUUAAACAUAACGCCCUACAGGAAAAUCAAGGCUUUGUGUUUUCCAUACCCCCUCCUGCAUCAGCCCUGACGUCAGUAGGUCGGAACCACGGAAGUUAAAUUAAGGCCAGUUCAGUCUAAUAGGCAAGGGAUAGCAAAUGCCGAGAAGUCAAGGUAAUGAGAAAAUACCUGCCAUCUGGAGCUGUCAUAAGCACGAAGUUACAUCUCUCGCCACAAAAUAAAUAAAUCACCGCCUGCAAAACAUUACUCUCCCUGGAUGCAAAGUCCCACUCCUGCUGCUUCCACCAAAAAUUUUGGCCUCCCCACUUUCUGUGUGGUCAGUGGCUUCUACUGAAAGCCCCAGGGGGACAUGCCUGGGCAGGGAGAGACAUCUGCAAGCGCUGCCUGCUCAGGCACGAUGGCUGGAGCGUAGGGAGCCGCUCUGCUGCAUCCGCUCGCUCCAGCCCUCGCUCUGACGGAAAGUUUUCCUCCUGGCUCUGACAGCACCGCAGCCACUUGGGGAAGCACAUGACUUCCUUGGGAGACGGUGUUUCUUAUUUGUGUUGCAGGCCUCCAGCAGGCAUGGCACCGAGGCAAUAUUUAUAUCAGUUUUUGUAACAUCAUCGCAGCAGCUGCAGUUUUGGGAACUGAAGUGCUGGCUGGAAGUGGGAGAGAGAGGCACAAAGCACAACACGCCACAUAGAAAUGUGGAUACAAGGGGGGAAAAAAAAGGAAAAAAAAAACAGGGCAAGAAAAGAAAAUUGGCAACCAGCCUCCUCCCUCAGAAAGCUCAUUGUGUUCCCUGGUGCCAGGGGUGCUGCUUGCCCUCCAGAUGGUUACCACAGGGCCCAUCUGUGUAAAAGCAAGUCAGUGGCAAUUGCAGCUCAGGAUGUGUGUGAUGGGGUCAGAUCUGUCCCCUCAGGGUGCUUGAACUCCUAGGGGAGCAGGACAGGGGAAGGGGAGUCCUCCAGCCAGGUGGCUUUCUGCGCUACAAGCCAAACAGUGUUCAGCAGUCUUCUCAUACCCUUCAGCUGUGAGAAAGCAUAGUGCAACACUUGUGUGCAGGUAACCAUGUUGCUCCCAAAACUGCUGCAGCCCCGUGCUGUGCCUUGGCAGCCAGCCCUAGCAAGCUCAUUAUCCCACCUACUGGCGCAGUCGUGCUGCUCCCAGGUCCCCAGCUUGGGUCUCUGACCCACACUCUACAGGUGUCCUGAUCUCUGUGGAACUACCAUGCUGUGGCUGGGAAAUCCCCAGGGAGGUAGGAUGGGGGUCCUGUCUGCCAGAUGAUUUACUUGCUGCUUCCCAUGAGAGGUCUUCUCUCCUUUUCUGCCCCCUGGCUUGAUUUCAGUGGUGUUUAGCCAUUGGAGGUUUGAGAAUUCUCUGGUGCUGUGGGGCUGCCUCAAAGAUAGAGUUGUCUUCACUGUGUCUCCUUGUUUCUUCAUCUGCCCUGCAGAGACAGGAGAGUGCCCUUCGUGGGUGCCAUGUGUGCAAGAGGGGCUCUCCACUGCCCAUGCAUGUUCUCAGUAGAUGGUUUCUGCCUCUACUGACAAACAGCAGCAGCUGGCAGAACAUAGGCCUGAAUCCUUCCCUGUCCAUUGCUUUUUCUCCAUAUAACUCCACAGGCCUGUGGAGUUAUGUCUGACAGAGGAGGUGUCACAGAGUCUCCAGUUACCUUAAAGCUUGAUGAAACUGAAGAAAGUUGACAUAAAGCUAAAAAGUUCCCACAAGCUGCAGCCCCAGACCUGUCAGGUGAUGCACAUUUCAUCAUGGGCAAGAGCUGAAGGUCAUUUGACCCAAAUAUAGCUGUGUGGUGCAAAACACCUUCAUUGUCCUGGACAGCACAAGGUCUCUAGAAAAAGCUGGGCUGCCAAUGAGCUCUCCAGUUCGUGUGUCCUGCAGUCCUCUGAAAGGACUGCUGUGAGGACCUAGCAGGGGAACCAUCACUGUGUCUGCCUGGGAGGACUCCUGAAAACCAGCACCUGAAGCUGCAUCACAGGCUCCCUGAGGCAGAGACACCACCAAAGACUGGUGACAUGCACAGGAUGUCUGAAACAAUGAGCACCAGUGAGGAGAAUAAACUUCCCUUGAAUGGGAGAAGAGCCAUCCCACUAAACUACUCCAAUGAUGAAGAAAAUGAGGUUCCUGAGAUGGAAGUUUUUGGAUCGAUACCUAGAGGAUUUAAUCCCAGAGAUUACCUGCGUGUUGUGGAUAUUUAUAUGUUCAAGGAGCCUCAGGAGAUCAACAAGCAGGAGCAUCACACUGACAAGUACUACAACCCCAAGCUGAUAGUGCGUCGGGGACAGGCUUUCCAAAUCCAGAUUGACUUCAGCCGACCCUACCAGCCAGAGUCAGACCAAUUCUGGCUGGAGUUUUUGAUGGGUCGCUACCCACAGCAAAACAAAGGCACCUACAUCCCAAUCCUAGUAGGCAGUGCACUAAAACCUGGUCAGUGGGGAGCGAAGAUUAUCCACAGGGAAAACAACUCCAUUCGGCUGUCCAUCAUGUCCUCUGCCACCUGCAUCAUUGGCAAGUUUCGCUUUUAUGUUGCUGUCUUGACUCCCUACGGCGUCCUUCGGACACGCAGGAAUUCAGCGACCGACACCUACAUCUUGUUCAAUCCCUGGUGCCAGUUGGAUGCUGUGUACCUGGAUGAUGAGAAAGAAAGGGAAGAAUAUGUCCUGAAUGAUGUUGGUAUUGUAUUCCAUGGAAACGUCGAAGAUGUAAAAUCAAGAAGCUGGAGUUACGGGCAGUUUGAAGAAAACGUUCUGGAUGCUUGCCUGUUCCUGAUGGACAAGGCAGAACUGGAGCUCUCUGGUCGUGGAAACCCAAUCAAAAUCUGCCGUGUUGCCUCAGCAGUGAUUAACUCCAGGGAUGAUGAUGGGGUGAUUGCUGGAUCCUGGAACAAUACGUACGAUUAUGGUGUUGCGCCUUCAGCCUGGACGGGAAGUGUGGACAUUCUCUUGGAGUACUACAGUUCUAAGCAACCUGUCCGAUAUGGCCAGUGCUGGGUUUUUGCUGGUGUCUUCAACACAUUUCUGAGAUGCUUGGGGAUACCUGCAAGACUCAUUACCAACUAUUCUUCUGCCCAUGAUAACAAUGCCAAUUUACGGAUGGACUUCUUUCUGGAUGACGAAGGAAAAGUGGACACCAGACUUACAAAAGAUUCUGUCUGGAAUUAUCAUUGCUGGAACGAAGCUUGGAUGACCAGACCUGACCUUCCUGUUGGUUUCGGAGGAUGGCAGGUUGUUGAUGGGACACCUCAAGAAACCAGUGAUGGUAUGUACAGGUGUGGUCCAGCCUCAGUUCAAGCCAUUAAACAUGGUCACGUUUGCUUCCAAUUUGAUGCUCCUUUUGUCUAUGCUGAGGUGAAUAGUGACAUUUUCUUCACAAGAAUGGAGAAAAAUGGAACCCAAGUGGUGGAGAACAUUGACACAACCCGUAUUGGGCAGUUGAUUGUGACCAAGGAAGUUGGAGGUGAUGGAAUGGUGGACAUUACUGAGGAGUACAAGUUCCGAGAAGGCUCAGAUGAGGAGAGGCUGGCUCUUGAGACUGCUGUGAUGUAUGGUGUUAAAAAGCAAAGUAUCCAAGAUACCACGUACCAGCCACAGACAGAUGUUGACAUGGACUUCCAAGCGCAAAAGGCAGUCCUUGGCAAUGACUUCAAAGUCACUAUAACUUUCAGGAACAAGAGUCGCAACUCCUACACUGCAACUACCUACUUUUCAGGCAACAUAGUGUUUUAUACAGGAGUCCCAAAAAGGGAAUUCAAGAAACACUCUUUCAGUGCAAAACUGGAACCCUCUUCAUCCAGCUCUUUCGACAUUGUGAUCAAAUCGAGCGAGUACAUGCGUGACCUGCUGGAGCAAGCCUCCUUUCAUUUCUUUGUGACUGCGCGGAUCAAUGAGACAGGGAAGAUUCUGGCCGUGCAGAAGGCGGUAGUGCUGGAAAUUCCCACCCUGCGGAUCAAGACCAAAGGUGAACUGGUAGCUGGUAAAGAAACGUCUGUGAUUGUGGAAUUCACCAAUCCUCUGAAACAAACCCUGGAGAACAUCACGCUCCGCCUCGAGGGACCUGGCAUGCUGAGAACAAUAAAAAAGCAGUUCGGGAGAAUCCCGAUGAACUCUACACUGACCUGGGAGGUAAAAUUUACCCCAAUGCGAGCAGGUUUACGGAAGCUGAUUGCAAGCCUGAAUUCUGAUACUUUGAGGCAUGUGUAUGGUGAGCUGAAUGUCCAGAUUCAGAAACCAUGAACCAAGGUGCUGCCUUCUUCUCUCAUUUAGCUAUAUUUAAAAAUAUAGCCUUAACUAUAUUGGGUGGCUGAUGGAGAGGUAUAAAUCUGCUUAUUGUUAUUUUGGUCAUCCCUCUGCUGAAAAAAAUUGAUAAAGCAAACUAAUUGGUAUGACUGAGGAGAGCAUAAAAAAGCACCUGGAUGCUGAAUGAUUUAAAAUUAGCUAUAUGUAAUUAAAGGCAAUUCUAGGACAUAUUAUUCCUGUAGCUCACUUGUAUUUAUGGUCUUUUGCAUUAGUGCUGCAAGGGAAUUUGCAAAGCUCCAUUCGCCAGAGUAAUCUGAACUUUAGUUUUAAUUAAGGCCUGGUAUUUCACUGAAAAGGGAAGGGAAAAAAUAAAGAACCCAGUGUUAUAAAUUCUUAGACUGAAUUACACAAUGUUAUGGUAGAUCAUUCAGGCUGCAAUAGAAACAGGUAUUUCUAGCUAAAAGGGUCUGUUUUAUCCUGCAAAUUAAUAAUGUUCUUGUUUGUGGAGAGCUCACUUUGCUGGAAGCAUCUCUCAGGAUGUUUUAUCUCCAGAAUAUUCUCAGCCUCUUGUUUGUCUUGCAGCUUCCCUGUGCUUUUUCUCCUACUCUCUCAUGUGUGCAGGCACUCACACAGACUCACUUCAUACCCUCAUCAGACCCCACAUGCAGUUGGUGUGCUGUUCCUCUACUUUGCUGGGUGAAAUCCAGAGGUUUUCUGCCUCUGCUCAGAGUUUAUCACACAAAACCUGCACUUGCUGUUCGUAUCUCUUGUGUAAGACAUGUUCUCUCUUCACCCUUCUCUGCCUUUUUUUCUCUCCUGAACCCACCCUAUAGACCCAUCUCCCACAUGAGUGUGUCAGGAGUGUUUGCUGUCCCAGAGCAGUCCAGGCUGACAAAUGGGAUGAAGGAAAGAGGAGUGGAGCAGGGAGCCUGAGGCUCUUUUCCUGCCAGUGCCACAACCUAGCCAGUGUCCUGCACUGAAGCUGGGGGUGACUUUAAACUAAAAAUAUGGGUAUGAGUUCAGAUUAAAUAGUGCCUGAAAGUUCCCAAGAAUCAUGGCUAAAGCAGAACGGAGACCUGUUACAUGAGUAACCCUAGGAAUAAAGAGGGACAGAAUCUCAUCUGGGAAAGGAAUAAAGAUGUAUCCUGGGAGUCGGAAGCUUACACAAACCCCAGCAACUCCUCCCCUCUGGCCACAGUGUGUAUGUAAGAGCAGAUCAGGUAUUAACAGCACAGGGGAGCUGGCUGAGCUUCUAAAGUUAAAAGGAACAUCUUUCUCAUUAAACCCUGGGGUUUUACUGCAUGGCCCUGUCGUUUGGUGGUGUCAGUGAAAUGCAAGGAAGAUGCCUUCCUUCCCUUCUGCUCCUCUUGUUGCUGCACAUUGCCCAUGGCACCUCCUGCAAGGCCUGUAACCAGCUGUUAAAGUCUUGGGAGAGGGGAAAUGCAGCUGCUCUUGCAGCUGCUCUUUUUGCUAAGUUGUGGGGAACAAAGCAAAAAUUAAUAUCACCUCAUAUAUUCUGGGACUACCCCAGGAUCCAGGAAAACCAGAUUUUUGGGAGCUUUUACUUAAGAAAUGGACACACCUUCAUUUUAUACAGCCUAUGUGACCACAUCAGAAACUUUGCCAUGUCAAAGUCCUGUGGGGUAGAAGAGACUGAACAGUGUACUGUCAGUGCAAGGUGACAAUCUCUGUUAGGUAAUUAAGCAGUCUUACCAAGCUCUACAUCUUCUAAUAAAAUUAUCCAUUUUGUGCUCUUGCAUAUAAACCUGCUUUCUAUUCCAGGCAUUUUAUAAAUACAUUGUAAUAAGAAUUCAAAAUAAAGCGUGUCUGAUUGCA